AUGGCCUCCUCCAGCUUCCCGCCGUGCACCGCGCGCCGGAACCGGAAGGCGGCUGUGGCAGCAGGACGGGCCCUGCCCUUCCCUUCCCGCCCCGGGCGCCUGGGGCCGCGCUGCCGCGGCACCACGGUUCCGCCGCAGUCCUGUCCCGCCGGCCGGGGACAACCCCGUCCCGCCGGCGGCACCGCCGCGCUCCCUGGGCAGGGCUGGCCACCGGCGCGCCCCGCGCUUCCCCGCCCGCCCCAGGCCGCACCCCAGCCCGCGGCCCCGCGGCCCCCGCCCGCCGCGUCAUGCCCCUGCCCACCGCCACGCCCGGCCACCGCCCCACACACCGCGGCGCCAGCGCGGGGCAGGCGCCCCGGGGCCCGGCCACACGCAGCCCCCGCCCCCGGGGCCGGAAGAAGCCAGCGCCGCGCCGAGGGAUGUCGGGCCGCCGCGGGCCGGCUCGGCGGGGCCGGCAGUGAGCGGGCGGCAGGCCCCGCCACCGCCAUGAAGAGCCCCCGGGAGCCUGGGGAGCCGCCGCCGCCAGUUGACUGCAUCCAGCUGAAAGUACCAGUCAUUCAGCAGCUGUACCACUGGGACUGUGGGCUAGCCUGCUCCAGGAUGGUGCUUCAGUACCUGAAUCAUUUGGACAACGAUGAAUUUCAGAAAGCCAUCCAGGAACUCCAGUUAACAAAGAGUAUCUGGACUAUUGACCUGGCCUACCUAAUGCGGCACUUCGGUGUUAAGCAUAAAUUUUGCACCCAGACGCUUGGAGUGGACAAGGGCUACAAAAAUCAGUCCUUUUACAGGAAGCACUUUGACACAGAAGAGAAUCGAGUGAAUCAGCUCUUUGCACAAGCCAAAGCCUGCAAGGUGUUGGUGGAGAAGUGCACAGUAACUGUUCAAGACAUCCAAAACCAUCUGUCCCAAGGUCACAUAGCCAUCGUCCUAGUGAAUGCAGUCCUGCUGUUGUGUGAUCUUUGCUCAAGUCCUGUCAAAUACUGCUGCUUCCUUCCCAUUGGACAGAAGUGCUUCUGCAGGAAUCCCGAUUAUCAGGGCCAUUUCAUUGUGUUAUGUGGCUACAACAAAGCCUCAGGGAGUAUUUACUACAACAACCCUGCCUAUGCUGACCGAACAUGCUGCACCAGCAUUAGUAACUUUGAGGAAGCCAGGACAAGUUAUGGCACUGAUGAAGAUAUUCUUUUCAUCUACGCAGACAGCUGACAUCCACACCUGAUACUUCUGGUCCUUUCCUGUGCAGUCUGCAUGGCAGCUGGCUGCUUGUCUCAGGACUCCCCCUGCAGAGACCUUGCUCCUGAAAUGCAGUGGGAUCUUAAACAAGGGAGGCUUUAUAGACAUUGAUAGGACUAUAUUGCAGUGCUGUCUUUACCUUUUUUUUCCUGAUGAUGUAUCUGAUUUUGCAAUGUAUGUCUUAGUUUUUUGGGUUUUAUUUUCCCCUCAUUUUCAACGUUGCACAUUUGACAGCAGUUUUAAAAUACAGGCCCAGAGUCUGUUCACUUUGAGCUUAUUUUCAAAUUAAACACAUGAAAAAAAAGCACUUAGUAACACAUGCAUAGGUUUAGGUAAACAAAACCAGGGAGAAAAAAAUACAGUAAAUACCUGUUUCUCUCUUUCUGUCAAAGCAUCAAGGGCUGAUCUUCAUCCUAAAUCUAGGGAUUAGAGGUUCAGCAGGGUAUCAUGGAAGGAAAAUAAUACUAACCUAAACCACUUUUAAAUAACAAAAAAUGCCUUGCUGGCUCAUCAGUAUUGUCUGCAUUGUAGGAUGAAAUACAUUUACUCAAGGAAACUUCCCUUGUACCAAAUUCACCUUACACAGAUUUAGCAUUUAUGCCACUGCACUGAAUUUUGAAUUGCAGUUAUUGGUAUUGUUCCCCUCUACUACAAGCUUGACUUCUUUUGGCUAAAUCCCCUAGGAUGACUGCUCAGAGCUCUGCAUUGCCCCAGAAGUUUUAAGUGACUAUACUUUAUUUGUACCUGGAAGUCUUUUAUUGCUCUUUGCAAAAAACCUCUGAACAUCAUGCCACCCACAUGUGCCAUUUCCUGCAGAAUUCAUUCUAAAUAUAAAUUUUAAACUUACUAAGCAAGUACAGAAAAUGAUCGUCCACCCUCAUGGUAUACAUUCUGUAUGUAAACUGUGAAUAUCUGACAGCAUAUACUGGAUUGCAACUAAAAUGCUGAAUCAUAAUUUGAGCCAAAUUUUCCUAUGGGUAUUAGUUCAGUGACCUUCCUUCUAAGAAGAGCUGAAAUCAAUUGAGAGGGAAUACAAGUAAAAAGACAGGAACUCAGCUUUUCUAGCUCUUCUACCAUAGCUGUAUUUGGAUUAAGUUGGAGUUACUGUAUUCAGACAUUAUCAAGUGAAAUUGUUAGCAGCUUAUUCAUCAUCCUUUCAUGUAUUACCUGGGUUUAAUCACUUUGCUGAUGAGUACUGCAAAGUGUAAGAAAUAGCCACCCAGUUCAGAUUCAUCCAUCGCAGCUUCCUACAAGUCUUCAUCUCCAGUCCUGCCUAUGCUGAAGUGGGUAGAAACAUUAAUAUUGAUGUAAAGCUAGCAAAAUUCUAGUUUGCUCCUAAGACUGAGAUCCCACACCUUUGGCAUGGUUUUAGGAAAAGAACUGUUCAAGUUCUGGAACUGCAUGGAAUAACAGUAAAAGGACAUUGUUAUUUAGUGGUGGAAAUAAUAAAUAGGAAUCUACUUUCAGCUUGGUAAAAAAUUUUUCUAAGGGAAAACUUACCAGCUGUUGACUUACAGAAAAGUGUCUGGAAGUGGAAUCAAGAGCGCUACUUUGUACAAAGGCUAAAAAUGGUAACAGACAUUUAAAAUGGAAUAGCCUUUAAAAAGUUCUGAACAAAAAGUAUGUGACAAGACAUUUUCACUGAAUCAAAAUUUCCUUAUCAGUGGUGAAGGUGGAAUACAUUCUGGUACUUACACUUGCAAAAUGAGUAAAAAUUGGGAUGUGGUUUGUGAGCAGUGGAACCAGUACAUUAGUGCCACCAGCAGAAUCCCAGAAAAAAAAAUACAAAACAUAUUGCAGGUAGUGCCUUCCAACUCCUCCAAAGUAAAUCACCAGAAGGCUACUGAUCUGAUAAUUUUUAUGUCCAAGUCCAAAUUCAUGAUGUUUGAUUUAGAGAGAUUGUAUUAGCUAUGUUACUAAUUAACAGGUAUGUAAACUACAGGUUGAUGGAGUACUUCAUUAACCCAUGCAUUUUCAGGUAGGUAGUUUUUCAACACCAUUAAACUUCACGGGAUUUAUUUUAGAGCAGGCCUAGCUAGCUAAAUAAAACCAGUUCUUACAGAAGGCUUGUAAUUGAUAUUUAGCCUCUUACUAUCUCAGUUAUGGGAAUGCAAAUCUUCAGCUUUUACAUAAAACAUGAACUUAAGGGCAUGCUAAGUGUUCUGAAGUGCAGAGAUAGAUGUAACAAUAUUGACUGUUAAAUGUUUGGUACGCAGUGUUUAACAACUUGAACAAAACUGAAAGAUAAAAAACAAAGCUGUUUAAGCCAAUACAGACAACGGGAGAGCUCCACCAUCUCACCAGGAUCUCUUAUAGCUGCCAAAUGGAAGAUAGCUGUGAGAGAUGAAAGGAAGAAGCAAAAGCCAAGUGAAAAGACUUGAGUAUUUAUAUGACAUAAAUUCAGAUUAAAAAGCUUACUGCAGAACAUCUGCAUUUUCUGAAACUUUGUUUCCCAUUACAAGAUUGUCUAUCAAAAUACUUAUAAAAAUGUUUUGUCACUGUUUCCUUCAUGAUGUCAAUAGCAAAGGAAGGGGUAUUUUACAUGCAGGGAUUUUAUACAUAAAUAUAUUUUUAUUUGUAAUUAAGCCAUUCUCAAUAAAGUUUUAAAGUCACAGAUAACCCUGUAACAUAA